ACGGCAGACGGCCGCCAUCCGCACACUUGCAAACGACUGGUCACUUUUGAGGCAACCACCAUCUUUUUCUAUCUGCUAUGUAACCCACCAUCAUGGUUCAUCGACCCCUCCAUCUCUGGACUGUCGUGUACAACAUUUGAGGCUGCGGAUGCACUGUUGCAUACUAAUUCAGCAAGGACAGAAAAAAACCUGUUCACGCAUAUGCAUCCUGCUUUCGGGAGAUUGCGACUAAUAUACGCAGAUGUUGGAUUCAAUUGA